AUGUUGUUGAGGAAAACGUGUUUUAUUCUUCUGAUUUCGGUCUUCGCUGUGUCUGCCCAAUCAAUUGAUGAAGAAGAACGUGUGCAUGUCGGAGAAGGAAGUGCUAAUGGUAUCACUGACGAUGAGGACAGUGACAUGGAGGGUUCUUCAUUACCUCCAGACACUUUCUAUGCAACCACUCCACAAUUGCGACAGAAGUUUGUUCCAAGCACCAGAAUGGAAACUACAACUACAAAGAUCGUCACUUUCACAACAUCCGAUGAGAUUGUGACAUCUCCAAGAAAUGUGAUCGAUGUCACUACAUCAACGGAUUCUCGUCCAUCAGUUCCAUUCUCAGAAGGAUUUUUAUUGUUCGGAACCACUGGAGUUUUUAUUAUUCUUGGUGGAGUCAUGGUCAUUUUAAUCAUUUUAAUUAUGAUCAUUCUUUGCUUUAAAGCCAUUAACAACAAGAAACAAGCUUACCGACCAGGUCAACGAGAAAGUCCAGAUGCUCUACUCAAAGAAUAG